CAUACAGACACACGCUCGUGAUUUUUUUUUCUCCCCCCACUCCCCUAGCAAUUGUUACACUAUACAUAAUAGGCUUUCGUCCACGUCCUUUUAGAGCAGGCAAUAAUAGUUGUGAGCAGCGUUCAUAAUGCUAAUCGUAGCCAGAUUUUCAUAGGGCUUUGUGGAAUAUAACAAGUUCAUAUAACACUACCUUAUCUUCGGCUGUUUUUAACCCUUCGUUUAUCCAUUAUAUGCACUUUUACAUUUUUUAAAUCUAUUUUUUUUCUCUCUCAAUUACCCUGCUGCAACAUGAAGCUCUACCACUAUCAGAUCCUCAGCUGGAUGGCUUGUUCUUUUACUCUCUGCCCAAGGAGUGGUACAGUCUAAUGGGAAAAGAUAUUCUGACAUUUGCCAACGACAACUCUCGCUACAGUUCAUUUGCUUUGGCUCGUCCGAACUCCCUCAUCGAUUGUUAGAACUCAUGUGGAAGAGUCAAUCUAACAGCAACGGAAAAACUUUGCAGUGUUUGCAAUUUUUUUCUUUUUACUUUGAGCACUUAGAAAAAUGCUCAGAACAUUGACAUUAAUAUCUAUCAAGAAGGAGUAUUUUCAGCAAUUUUCCAACAAGGGACAUUUUCCUAAAAGCUCUAUUCUGUCUCAUUGUGAAUCUCCAACUUUGUCAAGUACAGCACUGAGAGAUGAUCGGAGAGGGGCAAUUUGUAUAGCCCAGAAUUUGUCCAAGCUGCUUUGUCUAAUUCAUCAGAUUGAGGAAACUCUACAUAUCCUAAGUGAAAUUUACCCUACUGAGAAUCCUAGACCCAGAAGAGGGUGUAGGAUUUCCUGAAAAGAGGGCACAGGUUAUUCCUGGAGGAAAAUCAGGGUCUGGAGUAAAGAAUGAACCCAUGUUUUUGAAGAAAAUCUGAAGACAGGCAUUUAUUCUCAUGGGAAAAGAAGAAUCUGUGAUCUUACAGGUGAAUAGGGUAAUGUCCAUCCUGUUUUGUCUGAUGUUUCUUCCUUAUCUUUGUGGCAUUCACGCUACCAGCAUGGAUAAAAGGAAUUUACCGGAAAACUCAAUGAAUUCUCUCUUUAUUAAACUGAUGCAAAAAGACCUUAUGAAAAAUAAAAUUUCCAAUCAAGUGGAUACAAAAGAAAGUCAGCAAAGUACAAUACCAAAAGCCGAAAUAUUUCUCGACUUGGAUGUGGUCGAUAAUGUGAAAUCAGACUUCCAACCAAUCAUCUCAUUAGAAGCUGAACUCAUUAAGCAACAGAAGCAGAGACGUUACAACUCACCACGUGUCCUUUUGAGUGAUAGUCUUCCAUUGGAACCUCCACCUCUGUACUUAAUGGAUGAUUAUGUUGGGCAUACAGCGGUGGUAAACAGAACAUCAAGGAGAAAAAGAUUUGCAGAACACAAAGGCCACAGAGGGGAAUAUUCUGUUUGUGACAGUGAAAGUUUGUGGGUCACAGACAAAUCGAAUGCAAUUGACAUUCGGGGCCAUCAAGUAACUGUGCUAGGGGAAAUUAAGACAGGUAAUUCUCUUGUGAAACAAUAUUUUUAUGAAACGAGAUGCAAGGAAGCAAGACCUGUAAAAAAUGGUUGCCGUGGCAUUGAUGAUAAACACUGGAACUCCCAAUGUAAAACAUCCCAAACUCACGUGAGAGCAUUGACUUCAGAAAACAAUAAGUUGGUGGGCUGGCGAUGGAUAAGGAUAGACACAUCAUGUGUGUGUGCAUUAUCAAGAAAAAUAGGAAGAUCAUAACUGUGUCUUUUCAAUAUAUAAAUUAUUAUUAAGUUAAAUGAUAUGCAUGUAGCAUAUAAAUGUUUAUAUUGUUUUAUAUAUAAUAAGAUGUUCUUAUUUAUUAAAAUUCAGCACACGUAUAUAAGCUUUAUCCCCCAACCAAAUAAAGAUAAGAAGAAAUCUGUGCCUUCUGUUGGGCAUUUACAAAUUUCAAACAAUGGAGGUUAUAUAUAUAUAUCAAGAAACGAUCUGGGGAAAAUAUCUAAACCUGCUGCAAUUGACAGGAAUAUUUCAUUGUUCAUUAUAAUGAUGAUUACUUAAUUUUAGACUUUUGCCCCAGGAUUGAGCAAUAUGCAUAACCUUCACCAUGAAACCAAAUUUAUGUGUGUCAGUAUUUCUCUUUCAGUGUUUUUCAUGCCAGUGACUGGUUUUAACUAAGUCUAUUAAAUCUGAUUAUAGGAGAGAUGUAUAAAUUGUAUGCACAUUAUAUUCAACUUCAAUAUAUUUUACCUCAAUAAUUAAAAUAGCAAUAUUAAAAACAAAAUGUUCAGUUGCAAACAAAUGUUAAAAUAUAAGAUCCCAAUGAUGUUAUACAUUUUUUCUUUUGUAUAUAUAAGAUUAGUUUUAUCAACAUAGCUUUUUAUCUCAGUGUUUUCUAAAGCACUUUUUUAUUGGUCCAGUGGUUUUAGAUUAGAAAUGAUUUUUAAACAAAAUUGCUUUGCAAUUGGUUGUAUUACUACCAACAUCGGUUUACCUACUGUAAUAGUAAAAGCAAAACACACAUUUCUUACAUUUUUAAAACCUAAACAAAAUAAGAAAAGGUUCUCGAAUUUCAGCAAAACAUUGGCAACUAAAGUACAUCAUGCAACUUUGUAGAUUAGGCAGCUGUAAUUCAUCUUCACUCAGUGGUUGUACAGCUAGAAAUUAGUAUACUUGGAAGCUCUCAAACAUUACCAUGAAGAUCUGAGCACGAUACUGUUUUCCUGGACCUUUGUGCUGGUCUAAUGUUUGCUAGAUGUUUAAAGUCUUUGUAGCUCUAACUGUACUUUUUAAUCCAAUAUCAAUCUAAAUCAGACCCACAUUUCUUAGCCCAGACAUUAAAAUAUGACUGUGAUCAUCAGCCUAAAGAUUUUAGAAAGGACUUCAGAUCACAAACUCAUCAAGGUUUCCAUUAAUGAUACUUAUCAGACACUGCAACACUGUAGACUUGAGGCACACCUUGUAUGUGAGAACAACCUAACAAAGGGCAUAAUUCAAGUAGAUGGUUUUGAAUUGCGUGCAACAAAGGUAACUGUUUAAUCUUAAUCUUAUGUAGUUUACAUUUUUAUUUUAGGGGUCUAUUCACCAAAGGUUGUUUAGCACUGACUUUGCACUACAUUUGAAAUUAUGGAUUAAAUAGCCUGUUUCAAAAGUUUCCAAGUUGGCUAUUUACUAGAGGUAUGGCGAGCAAAGUCAUAUAGUGCAACUGACACUGCCUGGGUAUGUUUGGAUGGGUAUGGCUUGAAUAGUAGCCAAUUUGUUGUAUUACCAGAAAAAUAGAUUAGUUGUUCAGCCAAUGAUGUCCUAACCUGAAUAACAGAAUUUUUUUAAAAGUUAUCUAACAAUGAACAAUAUUGAACAGUCAAUCAUAAUCAAUAGAGUUGGCUUCAAGAUACCAUAUGUCUGCAUAAGUGGGUAAUAAUUGUUUUUAAUGUAAUUACAUUUUUAUGAAUGGGGCACUUAUAAAGCUCUUUCAAAUAUCUAUCAUGAUUCAACCCAAAACAAUAUUUUUUAAUCACAUUUCUUUAAAAUUUUAGUGAAUAGACCCCUAGAUAUUCAGAAUAUAUUAGGCCUGAAUUUGCCACCUGCUGUUUACUUACAAAUUAAGCAUACAUUUUCAAAUAAUAUCAGUUUCCUCAAGUUUAUCAAUGUCAGUUGCUGAAUAAAAUCUGUUUGUUGUA